ACGCUAUUCGUUUUCUAAAUAUCACAAGUUACGCGCUGGGUGAGCUUAUUUCAUCGCAAGAGGGUUAUGUUUUUACUACGUCGCGGAAGGAUCUAAUUUUCUCAAGCGAGGGUCGACACAUCCGCCCAGUUUUCCGAUGUUUCAUUCCCCCCGAGUUGAAAAUGGAGUUCGUUUAGAGCAGAUGUCCACCAACUUCUCAAGGAAAUUUCAAGUCCGUACGUUUUUACUUCACGCGUCAGUAUUCAUAUUAAAAACAGCUGAACCCCUUUUUGUGGGCUUUUGGAUGCCUUUACUGCAAAUUACUCGGACACGUUGACGGAGCAACGCUGCACGGCGCUUUUUCAAGUGUUGUCCUGGACCUGAAGUUGGCGAAUGGAUGCUCGACAGCCAGCCAUAAAUAACCUGCCAAACGUUCCAGUCUAUAACAAUUCCUACAGUUUUUGAGGAUCUAUAUCUGUUUUUCUUUUCUUUGCAAGAGCGGGGACCUGCGUUUGUCGAAGAGGAUGAUGCCGAUGGCCCAUUUGUUGUGGUCGGAUUUUACUUCCAGGGAGGAUAAAAUGAAUCAACGGUUGUCAUUCCUCCUCGCGAUUUAACAUUUGUCCCAGGCAGCAGAGCUAACGUUAAGCUAGCUUCACUUUGGUUUUCCCCCCACAGGGACGCUUUAGCCAGGCAUGCCCCCUUGUACAGCCUUUACUUAAUAUCCAAAAUAGGGGGGUAAUUUCUGCAUGUGAAGGAAAAUGGUGAUAUUCGUGGUAUUUUAUCCCGCCGUCACUGCGUCGUCGAUGCUAUUGCUAGGAUUUGGAUCCCCGUGAGGAAAAAAAUGAGUGAAGAUUCAACAAAUCCAAACAACGAUGACAGUUAUGCGCGUGUGAGAGCAGUGGUCAUGACUCGGGAUGACUCCAGUGGUGGGUGGCUUCCCCUGGGGGGCGGAGGCCUUAGCUGUGUCACCGUUUAUAAGGUCAGCCGGGCGGAGGACAGCGGCAGCACCCACAGUGGAGGCAGCGCAGGAAGCAGCGGCAACCUUAGCCCCAGUCCUAGUCCCAGUCCCAGCCCCAGUCCCAGUCCAACCGCUGUGGAGUUCCACAUCAAGGGCGAAAGGCUCAAAGACAAACUGGUGGUAUUGGAGUGUGUUCUACAGAAAGACCUAGUCUACAACAAGGUCAACCCCAUCUUCCACCAUUGGAGGAUCAAUGACAAGAAGUUUGGACUGACCUUCCAGAGUCCAGCUGACGCCCGCGCCUUUGACCGGGGCAUACGCCGGGCCAUUGAGGACAUCAACCAAGGUUGUCGGCCGUUUGGAGAAGGGGAUACUCCUGAGGAUGGACUACCGGUGUGUGAUGAGCCUCCCUCCAUCUGCACCCCAAUGAAAGAGCCCUUCUCACCACUGAACAAUGUUGUCUCCACCGAGCCAUUCAGGGGCUGCUACGUCCGCGCCCAGCCCUUCGACGAGUUCCCCCCCAGCAACCGCCGCUACCUGCCUCCACAGUCGACUCGCCGUGUCAGUUUUCGCAUGGACGAAGAGGAGAUUGUUCGCAUCAACCCACGCAAAGACGUGUUCAUCCGCGGGUACGAGGACUACCGCCACCCUGUCAUGUGGAAACAAGAGGCCGACCGUGAGGACCUGGACUUCCCCACCGGCUUUCACAAACUGGACAGUAAGAAGUGCGAGUACCUCUUCCCCGAUGGCCCCGGUGGGGACUCCCACUCUGGCCCUGGUAUGGGCAUUGGAACAGGUAUGGGGCUGGGGCUGGGCAAGGACACAGCCAUCAAGACUCAGCCGUCGCCCCUGCUGAAGUCUAAGAAGGGCCGUCGGCGACGAGAGGACGGUGAGCGUUCGCGCUGCAUCUACUGUCGGGAGAUGUUCAACCACGAAGACAACUGGCGGGGGCAGUGCCAGGACGCCCCCGACCCCAUUAAGCAGUGCAUCUACAAAGUCAGCUGCAUGCUAUGUGCCGAGAGCAUGCUGUAUCACUGCAUGUCUGACUCGGAGGGUGACUUCUCAGACCCCUGCUCAUGUGACACAUCUGACGAGCAGUUCUGUCUGCGCUGGCUGGCCCUGGUGGCGCUCUCCUUCAUUGCGCCCUGCAUGUGCUGCUACCUGCCUCUGCGCGCCUGCCACCACUGUGGCGAGGCCUGCCGCUGCUGUGGGGGCAAGCACAAGGCUGCGGGGUGACCCGACGCCGGACACUGGGACACCCUCAAAGCUAGCUAACAAAGGAAGUGAAUAAAAGCGGAAAAUUAAAAGCCGGCAUCCUUUUUUCAUUCCCCUCUCAGACGGGGUGAUAUGUUGUUGAUCCCCAGCUCUGAGGGCUUUUGGAGAUUUCAGUUUGUGUUUGUCGCCGACAAGCAGCAGUGGAGGACAAACCAUAUGCUUUGUGGGGGCUCUGAGCAUCAAGCUAAGUUCAGGAGCUUAAUCUGAGGAGAAGAGAAGGAGGAGACGUCAUGAUUAACAGACUUGGAGAUGUUACUACACACACCUGUACACACACACACACACCUCUCUCACAUUCACACUCAUACAUCGACAAAGCCAGGCCACAAAUAUCAGAACUCUAGUACAAGUAAUGUGUAACUUUAUGAAGGAAAAUUGUCUUUUGUACAGAGAGUGACAACUUAAUGACAAAAAAGAAAACACAACUAUUCUGCGUUGAGAAAAAAAGUUCUUGCUGUUUGAGUAUGCUAAAAGGGAUAUGUUCUUGCUUUUUUUGUGAAUUUGCAGUUGGGUAACAGUGGCCUUUCCUUCAUGGCUUAAGCAUUUGCUGACAAUGUAAUUACUAGACAGAGAAAAGUGCACUAGAAAUGAUAUUCACCCUGAGUAAAGGUAACCCUCUCAAAUUCUUGUGGUGUAUAAACCACCAUGUUUAGUGUAAUCUUAAAAUUUGAGAGAUGUUGCUGUGGAGGAUGUAUGGCCAAUUGAUUUCCUUUCCAUCAAAUGUUUUUAAGAAAAAUCAAAUAGUAACAGCUUGUUUUUAAAGGUACAGUUUGACAUAGCUUUUAAAUUUGAUUUAAAAUAUGUUUAAAGUUAUUAUCUUGCCUUCCUGAGGUGAUUUUAGACCAUUUGACUGCAUUCCAAAAUAAAGGGAUCGAUUCCAUGAUUAGAAGGGAAAAUGGUAAUGACUUUACCAUGACGAGUUCCCCAAAAACAAUAUUACCACCUCAAGAAAACAGCAUUAUUAGAACCUCUUGAACCAUUUGAAUUGAAACCAAUACAGGACAAUUUCAUUUACUUCAGUGAAUCUCAGUUUUAGUCCAGUUAUUUACUGCUGUAGUGAAAUUGAUGUUUUUGUUUCUUCAUUGUUAUUUUUCCUGCUCAUUUUUCUAAUUAGUUUUGAAUCAAAGGUUGAAAUGUUGCUCAACCAGCAAGUUUUGCUUUGGUGACGUAAGGGGUUACAGUGCUCCUUGGUGAAAUAAUGAGGCACUUAAAUUAGGCUAUUCUUUAGAUGAGAAACCCUCAGAUUUUGCAAUUCAUCUGUACAUAAAUUGAACUAAUUUAACAUCUCGUUUGGCAUGGAGGAAACCCCUCCUUAAAGCACUGCUCUCCAAGCUUUGGUUGCAGCACCCUCUCCAAAUUUCUAUGUUUGUCCCAUGAAUCCUUUUGUUUAUUUUUGUUAUCUUUAUGUUCCCUGCAUAUGCUGUGUAAAUGUAGUAUUACAUUGUUCCUCAAAAAUUA